UUUCUGUCCUGACCUUUAACCCGGAAGUUAGUCUUUCAGGGACACGCAUGUCGGUGAAAACAAAAGCGUGUCUGCUUUAAAAUGGAAUUAAACGGCAAGAAGACGAGUUCCAAGGUUUUGCUGUCAUAUGGCGGCGGAGGAGGUCUCAGUGAAAAGUUUCUCCUCAAACCAAAGACUGGCGGCCCCCUGCAGACAGAGAGAGUCCCUAGAAGCAGCGUGCUGGAUCGACUGCAGAGCUUCCUGCCUCAGAUGGCCGAGGCCAACGAGAAGCUGAGGCAGCAGAUGAAAGAAGCUCCCGCUGGACGCUUCGACAUAGAGAGUGUGGAGGAAGCAGAGAAGGUCAUAGAGAUGGACGUAGCUCUGGUGGAGCUGGAUGGGUCAGACAGCGACGAGGAGACGUCAGACUCUGAGGACGAAUCGCACUCUGAGGAUGACGAUUGUGAGAUCACAGAGCAGAAGCUGAAACUACCCGGAGACAAGAAGAAGAAAGCCAACAUCCAGGUUCUGAACCAGCAGACGGAGUAGACGAAUCAGCCGCACAGACUUUUGGUUUAGUUUCUUUUAAACAUGAGGCGUUGGGGGGAGGCUGAGUAGAGUUUCCAGCCCUCUUCAUGGACACAAAGACGGUGGACAGACCUUACUCAUCCCUAUGGGAACAGCACAGUCUUAUUUUGUACCCAUUAAGUGCCUUUGGAGUAACAGAUGCUGUGAUUCAGUCCUCCAGUCUGGCCUCCAUGUGACCUCUCACCGUACGUGGUGUGUUCAGAGGCAACACUGUGGAUCGUCUGGUUUUUGUCUUCUCUUUUCAUCACCAUGUGCACAUUCUCACAAUAUUUUAGACUGUAAACUAGCCGUGCACAGCUGAAAGAAGUAAUAAGCGUGAUUAAAUCAACGGUAAGAAAAUCAGAGCCUGAUGAACUAGAUUUAUUGACUUUUAGUCCUAAAAAUGGAUUUUCUUUAAAUUGUAAAAAAAUCCAGAUGAGUUAUUUUAGUUAAAGGUGAACUGCUUUUAUAUAUACUUCUAUUUAUAUGUGUUUAGAGGAUGAUAACAGUAACCACCUGCCAGACCAAGAAAUGCAGCACAAACAGCACAACCCUGAGUGUAAAUGUAUUUUACUGCCGACAAAUUUGUCAGUCAGAGGAGUUGUUUUUUCAGUCUUGCUUUAAUUGGAAUCAGAGUUUGUGGUCUUCCUCUUCUUCUUCUCUUUAUCUGUUGUUACAUUUUAGUGAACAUUUCCACCACCCUCUUACCACAGUCUGGUUCCCUGUUUGAAAUGAGUCCCAUUGAAAACUCAUGUCUGCUCUGUGGAUUAGCCAGAGUAACUGGAUCAUUGUUUCAGGAAGAGAGAGCUUCUGGCCACUUUCUGGUGAACAGCACCUUUAUUCUACAAUCUUCUGAUCUAUAGCUGGGAGUCCUGUUGCUGUUGAAUGCUCUAAAUAAAGAUUUUAUUCAAUGCA